AUGAGGCUUUUUAGUACCUUCUACAAGGAAGGGUUCGUCCCCAAAUCUUCCAAGAUCCUCGUCGCUGUGAUCGUGCUGUGUUCGUCCGUAACAAGCACAACCAUGGGAUACGACGGCAGCCUUAUGAAUGGGCUCAACAUUUUACCUUCCUAUAAUGAAUAUUUCCAACUGACAACUUCCAAAACGGCUCUAUCCACCGCGUCAACCUGGAUAGGCAAUCUCGUCGUUGGCGUGUUGUUCGCCAAGCUGCCUGACUGGAUUGGCCGGAAGCCCAGUAUGUUGUGCGCAUCGCUCAUCACACUUGUUGGUGUUGUUCUAGGGACUGCAGCGCAGGGGUUCGGCAUGUUCGUGGCCUCCAGGAUUAUAGUUGGGAUUGGCGCCGGGUUUUCUUCCAUGGCUGGUCCGAUUUAUUUUGCAGAAACGCUACCGAUCAAGUGGCGAGGAAUUGCCCUGUGUUUGAUUUUUGAUUUCUGGUAUGUUGGCGGUCUCGUUGCCUCUGGUGUCACAUAUGGCACCCAAGGAAUGACCUCAACCUGGGCCUGGCGCAUCCCAAACUUGCUCCAGGGCUUCUUUAGUCUUGUCCUACUGUUUCUACUUCCCUUUAUCCCAGAGUCACCCCGCUGGUUGGCAUCAGUCAACCGACAUGAUGAGUGUCGCAAGGUCCUCGCACAGAUGUACACGGAUGGGGCCGUUGAGGACGUCAAAGUGCAGAUGGAAUACCAAACUAUCACAGAUUCAUUGAACCAAGCCAUUGAAAAUGAAAGCCCAUGGAAAGUGAUGGGAGAUAUGGCCAAGAAGCCUACCGACCGCAAAAGAACGCUUCUCAUGCUCUCCGUUGCUGUAUUCUCCAUGUGGUCCGGCAAUAAUAUCGUCUCGUUUUACCUGGGAAGUAUGCUAGAUCAAGCAAAUGUCACUGAUAAGACUACCCAGUUGCAAAUUAACAUCAUUCUCAACUCAUUCUGUCUCGUCAUUGCACUCAUCGGGACCGCUUCUGUUGACUAUAUUGGCCGCAAACGCUUGGCUCUCUGGUCUUCAGGUUUCAUGACUAUAUUCUUAUUCCUAGUCGGCGCGUUCACAAAACUCUACUCCAGCACAGAAAACACGUCCGGUGUCUAUGCCACGGUCGCCAUGAUCUUCCUCUUCCAGGGUUCAUACUCUUUUGGCUGGACGCCACUUAGCAUGCUGUAUCCGCCAGAAGUGCUCAGUUUCCGGAUGCGUUCUAUCGGAAUGGGGAUGUACACGUUUGUCGUGCAGGCCGCAGGGUUGGUGACCGUGUACGCCUUUCCCAUCGCACUAGACAAAAUCGGGUGGAAGACAUAUAUGAUCAACGGCGUAUGGGAUGUUUUCCAGUUUGUGUUUGUAUUACUAUACUGGGUUGAGACUAAGGGUAUGUCGUUAGAGGAGAUUGAUGCUGUCCUCGACGGAAUCCCUGUAACGGUGGGUAUUGAGGACGAAAAGGCCGUGCAAGAAGUGGUAACAUCGAAAGAACUAAUGUGA